UAUCUACCUGCUUAGCCUCGGGUCCACAACGGGACGAUUGAACCGAACCGUCUUUACAAUUUCUGGAGCAGGACUUGAGAAAAGCAAGAAGAAAGUUUAAAAAAUGGAGGAGUCGAUGAUUUCUAUGAUACCGCGGAUUCCAAUGACAUCGUUACCUUUCCGUCCUCGCAGUUCAGAGGACUGGCAGCCGUACCGUCCGAUCAUCUUGAAUUUGUAUAUCAACGACCAGUUGAAGCUCAAAGAUGUCAAGGAGAUUAUGGAACGAGACUAUGGCUUUGUUGCAUCUGAGAAGCAAUACAAGGACCGUCUAGCUGCUUGGAAGGCAAGGAAGAACAUCAAAACCAGCGAGGCACGCAUCAUGCUUCGCAAACAGCAAGAACGCUCUGCCCAGGGAAAGCGUUCAGCAUUCCGGGUUGGCGGGAUGGAGGUUGGGAUGCACAAGAUACUUCGUGCGGCCAGGAGGUCUCGAAACACUGCUACUUCUGCAUCUAGUCCGGAGCCUGAGACGCCCUCAGACAUCAGCUGCUACACGCCCGUUGACAGACCGUCAACGCCAGAAACUCAAGCAUUCGACGAGAGCUUUUCGCAGUCGUCUUCCUAUUCGCAGCCAACAGCCUUUCCACAGCAUGCGGAUUUCUCUCAACCUCCGCCAGUCACUUAUUAUGAUAACAUCCUCUGCGGGACAGAACAUCCGGAUGUAGCUGGCUUUGGCCUGCAACCGCCGUACGGAGGCUCAUGGGAAUCUUCCCUGUUAGUCUUCCAAGAUAAGCUACACGGUCUUCAUGAUAAAUUGACACAAGAUAUACAAAACGGAAGAAACCAGGAGAUGCAGGUCUUGAUGAAUCCUGACAUGCAACCGAAUGCAAGCCAUGGGAGCCAAGUAGACAACGGAUACCACUGGCACCAAGCCCCUUAGAGGAGUUAUUACUCUCAACUAUAGAUCACGAAUGUGGCGAGGGAAAGGCUAUCUUUCGGUGGAGGAGCUUUUGUUCUCAUUAGCCGUACCUCAGAUGCCCAGAAGUGUUUUGUUCUUUUUCUUUUUCUUUUCAUUAUAACAAGAUCCGCAUUGGGCCUUGUAUGUGAUGGUCGGACCUAAAUAUGGGGUUAGAGUGGAGUAGAGGGUGCAGGAUUGGUGUUGACUACUAUUGCAUUGGCUCAAGGUGUUCCUUUAUU